UUUCUAAUUUGUAGAGACCUGUGAGCUUUGAGGUGAGAAACAGUCGCUCGUCAGCUGCGAGUCAAGUGGUUUGGAGGAGAGGCAAGUCGUGGGCUCUGAGGGUGUCCUUCAGUAGGUCCAUUCGGUGACGUCUGGUCUCCAACAUUUAACAUGACUCUGGUGACCAUCGAGGAUCUCCUGGAUGAGUGUGGUGGGUUUGGAAGGUUCCAGUGGCUGAUGCUUCUGGCUCUGUACGUGUCCAUGCCUACUAUCUCCUGGAGUCUGAUGCAUAUGACAUAUGCUGGCAAAGUACCAGACUGGGAAUGCCGAACACACGAGUUCAACUCCACAGACAUGACAGGCAGUAACAUCACCACCCUAAACGUGUGUGAGGUGAACGGCACUGCGUGUGUAAGGCACGACUUUCAAGGAGAAUCACUGACCAUCAUUAAUCAGAGGGAAAAUGACAGCAUCUAG